AGUGCCACUCCCUAGGCCAAGCAUAUGCAAACCAUCAAAUCACCUUAUGAAAUGGGGUGUGAAAACAGCUGGGGAACCAGGCAAAGUAGCUGGAGCCAGAGUCCACAGGCCACUAGGCGCUAGUGAAACCUUAUUGAAUAAAGGAUAAAGGGUCUUUUAAAAAGGUUAAGUGGGUUUUAGUAACCAGAAAUUUCCAUGUCACUAUUUUAAAAGAACCAAAAUUACACAUUUCCCAGAGAGGGGAGAUAGACCCCAGUGCUUAAAUUCCUGUUCUGCAAAAAAACCACGGACCUGGUGAGGCGCUUUUAUCAAGCAUCACCAGGCUCCAUGCUUCGCUCCAAUUUUCAAUGUCUGGGCAAACAUGCCAGAGACAACAGAUGGCCCCGGGCCUGGUGGGGUUCCAAGCCUGUAAGGCCAGAUCCUCAGGAGGAAGAGCAGGAGCCGGAGAUAAGAGUCUAGAGCAGGAACAUUGAGGCAUCUGGGUGAAGCGGAGGGAGCCGCGCCCAAGCUCCCAGUGAGUCAGAAGUCGGGCAAGUGUGACUUGGAUCCCUGCCAAGGAACGUUCUAGGGAACCAGAGUGCAGCGCCCCAUGCCCUGCGCACUGCGGCGUCUUCCUGGACUGUCCUUGGCCCUUCCACAGAAGUCGCACUGGUAGCCUCGGUCCCUUUAAGAGCUCUGCGCACCCGGCCUCACUUCCGCCAUGGCCGCUCAGCUGCUGGAGGAGGACCAGGUGACUUGCUCCGUCUGCCUAAGUCGCUACCGGGACCCGGUGACGCUGCCCUGCGGGCACAGCUUCUGCGGGAACUGCAUCCAGGAUUCGUGGCGCUGCUGCGAGAAGACGUGCCCCGAGUGCCGCCAGCCCUUCCCGGAGGGCGCCAAGCUGUGCCGCAACGUGACGCUGAGCACCUUGCUGCAGGCGCUGCCCAGCGUCCUGCAGGCGCUGCCCGCCGCCAUCCCGCGUCCGGACACCGCCACAGGUCACAGCGCUCGCUGCCCACGCCACGGGAGGCCGCUCGAGUUCUUCUGUCGCACGGAGGGCCUCUGCGUGUGCAGCGCGUGCACGGUGCACGACUGUAGCCACCACGAGAGGGCGUUGCUGGACGUGGAGCGCCGCGUGCGCGAGGACCAGCUGAGAGCUAGGCUACUGGCUACCCGGCAACAGGUCACCCAGGCAGAGACCCAGCUUCAGGAGCUGCAGCUACAAAGCAGUCGGAUUGAGAGUUCAGCCUGCACCCUGGCCUCGGUUGUCUCCAGGAGAUUCAGUAGCCUGCUUCAGGUGCUGGAGAAGCAGCAGGCCUCAACACUGGGUGAUAUAGAGGUAGCCAAGAAGCAGGCGCUGGACCAAGUUGUGAAUGAGAAACAGCGGCUGACUGACCACCUAAAGGCCCUGUCUCAGUAUGACCACAGUGUGCAGGAUCUCCUGGGGCAGGGGGAUGAUUACAUCUUCUUCCAGGAGCUACAGCAGCUCCCUGAGCCUACAGAGUCCCUCGGGCCGCUGACCUCUCCACAGUGGGAUGAAGAUCAGCAGCUGAACAGUGUGAACCAGCUGCUCAGCCCACUCUGUGAGCUCCUCCUCAGAGAAAACCUCCCCAAGGUGGCAGCCGAAUCGGCUGAUGCUGGCCCUAUGGAGGCCCUGGGUCCCCUGUCACCAGUCCCCAGCACAGUGUGUCCACUGAGGAAGAAGCUCUGGCAGAAUUAUCGCAAUCUGACCUUUGACCCAGAGACUGCCAACCAGUAUUUGCACUUGUCUCACAAGGACCAGCAGGUGACACACCAUUUCCAGGCCCAGGGCCCAGCCAGGUCAGGCAGCUUCGAGCUGUGGCAGGUGCAGUGUACCCAGAGUUUUCAGACUGGACAACACUACUGGGAGGUACGUGCCUCUGAUCACUCCGUCACUCUGGGUGUCACCUACCCAAAGCUAUCACGCCAAAAGCUGGGGGCCCACACGGAUAACAUUGGUCGUGGACCCUACUCCUGGGGUCUCUGCAUCCAGGAGGACAGUAUCCAGGCCUGGCACAAUGGCAAUUCUCAGCGUCUGCCUGGGGUGCCUGGACGACUCCUGGGCAUAGAUUUGAACUUGACCUCUGGGCGCCUGACCUUCUACAGUCUGGAGCCACACACGCAAAAGCUGCACACUUUCUAUGCAGUUUUCAGCCAGCCUGUCUACCCUGUCUUCUGGCUCCUUGAGGGGAGGACCCUCACUCUUUGCCAUCAGCCUGAGGCCAAGCUCCCUCCAAGGCCCCAGGAAGAUGUCACAGCAUCCAGCUGAGGAAGGCACAGACAGGUGCCACUGUGCCUGUGUGCCCAAAAGUGGAUCAGCCUCUGACUUGGAAACCAAAGGCCAAUCUUCUAGAAGGAAUAGCUGCAAGCCUCUCUGUUGACUCAAAGGACAGAGAUGGGAGAGGAGCCCCUAAAUCAAACUUUACUUUUUACUCUCUUUGAAGGGGCCAGGGGCCAGGGGCCAGAAAGAAAUUAAAUAGGAAGCCCCAGCUCCAAGCAAGAACCAAGUUCAGGCACUGCAUGGACAUCUAUCUGAGUUACUGUUCUAUUGCUGUGUGGAGACACCAUGACUAAGGCAACUCUUACAGAAGAAAGCCUUUAACUCAGAGCUUGCUCACAGUUUUACAAGUUUAGUCCAUGAUUGUCAUGGUGGGAAGCAGACAGGCACAGAACUGGAGCAGUAGCUGAGAGCUUUACAACCUGACCACUGGGUGUGUGCAUGCGCGCACGCACACACGCACACAGAGGGGACGGGGACACUGGCAUAAGAUUUUGUAACCUUAAAUCCCAUCCCAAGUGACACACUUCCCCCAACAAGACUACACCCCCUAAUCCUUCUCAAACAGUUCCACCAAGUGGGGACUAUGCAAAGUCUGUAGACAGCCAGUGUGGUGAUGGGUACAGGUGCGGCAGAUGUAAACCGCUUGCUUUUGCUAGUCCCAAAUAUCUUCAUGGAAGAUGAAGGGCCUGGAUGAGUUUGGCUUUUUUUUUCCUCACAUUUCUGGAAGGAGAUUUUUUUUUUUUUUUUUUUUGUCCUGGGUAUAGAGCCUGAAGUGUUUUGAAUGCUAGCAUUCAAAGUUCUGACCUCUCACUGACAUCUACAGCCUGGUAUAAUUUAUUUACUUGAGAUGUACCAUUUUCUGAUGUUGGCAGUAGUUACAAGGAUGCCCACUUUUGUAAUGUUUUUUCCUUUUCUUUUGUAAUUCCUUAAGCAUUUGUUUUGUAUGCUCGUGGGUAAACAUCUCACAAUAAAAGAUUUGAGAGAUUC